AUGUCUCCCACCUUACGAAAGUCUACUGUCUCUCAGGCCAAGGCCAAAAGCCCUGCCGUCAAGAGAACCACCCGCAAGGGAACCUCGGGAAAAGGAUGUAUCACCAAGAAAGAUCCUUCCAGACCUACCAUUAGGGUUGCUUUCCCCAAGGGUAUCUUUGCUUUGAUUAUCAGCAAGCAUCCGGAGAUCGCGCCAUCCAAGCGUCGAGCACCAGCCAAGCGCGUUAAACCGGUGAAGGAGCCCAUCCCCAAGAAGGUCCAGGCACUCGAAGAGAGCCUCGGACAGUUGAAGCUGAACAAGAAGACGGUGAUAAUUUUGAAGACAUCGAAUAAUCAAGUCCGGGCUGAGGAAUCUCACGUGGCCGUAAGUGCUGGUGUUGAGAAGGGUCUUGAGCAGAAGGCAACUGAAGUCAAUGGCGAAUUGAAGAAAGGCGCUCUGGCAAAGAAGGAUGGAGACACUGGAGCGAUGACUGCAAGUGUUGGAGCGCAGCAGGGGCUGCAGGGAAUUCCGGGAUUGAAGGAAGGUGAUGUCAAGAUGUCGGAUGGUGCACCAAAGAUCACUGGAGCUCAGGCGCCCGGCCCUAAAAUUCGUAUCAAGUUGAAUGUUUCAGGUGGACGCAAGGGCAAGGCAAGUCCGGAUGAUGAUGAGGAUAGAUAG